GUAAAUUUGAUUUUCUCAAAGGAACUAGAACACAACGGAAGCAUCUAGAGACAGACUCUUUGGUCUUGGUCUGUAUCUAUAAUAUAAGCAACUUGUCAUUGUUUCCUCUACUAAAUCCUCUGUUUCUGCUUAGUUUCUGGAAAAUUUUCCGUAAAAUGAGCCGACAUCCUACGGUGAAGUGGGCGCAAAGGUCCGAUAAGGUUUACAUAACUGUGGAAUUGCCAGAUGCUGAAGAUGUGAAGCUUAAGCUGGAGCCUGAAGGCAAAUUCUUUUUCUCCGCCACGAGUGGAGCCAGCAAGACACCGUACGAGGUGGACCUUGAUCUGCUGGAUAAUGUCGAUGUGAAUGAGAGCAAAGCGAGUGUGAGCUCGAGGUAUGUAUGUUACCUGGUGAAGAAAGCUGAGAGCAAGUGGUGGAACAGAUUGAUUAAACAGGAAGGUAAACCUCCUGUGUACGUGAAAGUUGAUUGGGAUAAAUGGGUUGAUGAAGACGAAGAAGACAAAGGAGGAGAAGCGGAUAUGGACUUUGGAGAUUUCGAUUUCAAUAGUCUUAAUAUGGGAGAGGCUGGCGACAUUGGAGACGAAGAAGAGGAGAGUGAUAUGGAGGAGGAGAUUGCGGCAGAGACAACAAAAGAAGCAGAGAAGAUUGUGGAAGAAGGAAACGGAGAGAAAGAGGAAGCAGCAUCAGAUGUGAAGAAGGAUUGAGUUUUACGUUGUACUAAAUCUCUUUCAGCUAUUGAAAUGGUUUUGUUAAAAUGGUCUUGUUGUUAAAUCUCUGUUUGUCAAAAAUGAUGAAAAGUUGAGAGAUUCGGCUCUUUGCAACUCUUGGGGGAAUAUACCAAAGAGAAGCAUCAAUCUAAUUGAAAUAAUACAAAAGUUAAUGUUUAUCAAGAACUUCAAAUCAACAUUACUCAAACAAAAAUAUACUACAGUAUUAUCAAUUUUAUUAUAAUACUAAGAUAUUGGCUCGUAC